CGUUCUUUUAUUUGAAAGUCAGAGAAUAUUUUUUUAAUUAUUUUUUCUAUUGAAGAUGGACGGAGACCGUCGUGAAGAUUAGUAUUUAAGAGUACCCUCAAACCCCUUCUUCCACCAUGGGCGUGGCGAGCGACGGCUUCGGCAGCAGCUGGCGCGCCAAGAUCGACGCGUGCCGGGAGUCCAGGAAGUUGGUGCUGGUCAUCGUAGCCAUAGCUCUUCUACUGGACAACAUGCUUCUCACGACCGUCGUGCCAAUCAUCCCGGAGUUCCUGUACGACAUCCGGCACCCCGACGCCCCCCUCUCCCUGUCCCUGGACGAGAUCACGACCACCCCGCCGCCGCCGACGCCAUAUUGCCCCUGCCUGGAACGCAACACAACACUAGUGGUCGAGAACGUGACGCAUGUCAACAUAACAGCUGAGAAGGAAUACCGCCACAAGGAACUCAUCCAGGAGACAGUCGCUGUUGGCGUCAUGUUCGCGAGCAAAGCCAUCGUACAGUUACUAGCUAACCCCUUCGUCGGACCCCUCACCCAUAAAAUCGGCUACAGCAUUCCAAUGUUCACUGGAUUCAUUCUGAUGUUCCUUUCUACUCUCAUUUUUGCUUUUGGACGGUCAUAUGGAGUACUUUUCGUGGCUCGAGCCCUUCAAGGUAUAGGAUCGUCGUGUUCCUCUGUCUCCGGAAUGGGAAUGCUUGCUGAACGGUACCCUGAUGAUAAGGAACGUGGUAACGCCAUGGGCAUUGCUCUUGGGGGUCUGGCAUUGGGCGUGCUUAUCGGACCGCCAUUUGGGGGCCUCAUGUACGAGUUUGUCGGCAAAACCGCGCCGUUCUUGAUGCUGUCGGCGUUGGCUUUGGGCGACGGACUGUUGCAACUGAUGAUUCUACAACCUGGCGUGGUGAGGCAGGAGUCGGAGCCACCUUCGCUGAAAGACCUAGUAAUGGAUCCCUAUAUCAUUGUCGCUGCUGGUGCCAUAACCUUCGCAAACGUGGGUAUAGCUAUGCUGGAGCCAAGCCUUCCUAUCUGGAUGGCAGACACCAUGGAAGCCAGGCGGUGGCAGCAGGGCGUCGCAUUCCUCCCGGCCAGUAUAUGCUAUCUCAUUGGAACGAACCUUUUCGGACCGCUCGGACACAAGAUGGGUCGGUGGCUAGCAGCUUGUUCUGGUCUGGUCAUCAUUGGACUAUGUCUCAUUCUGAUCCCCAUGGCGCGAAAACUAGAACACCUGAUCAUCCCCAACGCUGGUCUUGGCUUCGCCAUAGGCAUGGUGGACUCUUCUAUGAUGCCGGAACUGGGUUUCCUGGUGGACAUCCGCCACGCUGCAGUCUAUGGAUCCGUUUAUGCUAUUGGCGAUACAGCGUUUUGUUUGGGAUAUGCUGUCGGACCCGCCUUCUCCGGCACGCUGGUGAACAGCAUAGGCUUCGAAUGGAUGCUGGUCAUCAUCGCCAUCUUGAACUUCGCGUAUGCUCCACUACUGUUGCUCCUAAGGUCACCGCCCGCCAGGGAUGAGAAGCAGAGCCUUAUUAUAAGCGACAAAUCAUCUGUGAGGUAUGUUAGUUAUCAAAACGAAGAAGAGGAGUGAAGAUAGUAAAAAUACCGCCAAAAAAGGAGCCCGCCAUCUUUUUUUUUAUUUUGGACAACGGAAAUGCCUGAUUAUGUAUAUGGGGUAUGCUUAGAGAAUAAGAAAUAAAAAAAAUACGUCUACCAACAUAUGUAUAUUUUGUCCGCUGUAUUAUCGCUAAUGGUGUAGAAAUAAAAUCAUAUUUAUGUAGAGACCAAAUAUAUUUAAACGUUUAUAUACUGUAGUGAUUGCCCAAAUAAUUAUAACUAUUUAUUUACUUGUACCUCCUAAAAUAUUUUGUGAACAUCUAUUUAUAUUUACAAUUGUGUAGUGCGCGUAUCCGACCAACUUUUCUAAAUUUUUUUGUCUUUAACUUAAGUUUUUAAAUCUAAAAUUUUGUAAAAACAAAUUGAUAAGUGUACUUUUUCUUAUUUAUUAUGCUUUUAAUAAAAUCUCCUUUUGAUCCAUAUCUCUUUUUAUAAUUCUUGUUUAUUUUUUUUUAUUAGUAAUAGUUUCAUACAUACCAUCACGCCUGUUUCCCAUUGGGGUAGGCAGAGACUAUGGAUUUCCACUUGCUUUGAUCCUUACAGACACUCAUUACUCUUUUCAUGCAUAUUCGACGAUUACGGAUUAAAUUAUAAUUGUAACACCUAUCUUAUAUAUCUUUCAUAUUGUUUAUUAUCGACGAUAACAUAUUAAUUGAAAUUAUAAACAAUUUAUAGGUACGCAAAUUGAAUCAAAACUUAACAGUAUAAUAAAUAAAUUGAAAAAGUUCACUUAUUCAAUUCAGAUUGCCACGUAGUCAGGGUUUAAAUCUUAUAUAUUUAAUAUACAAAACAUAUCCAAUAUGUUUCGAAUAAUAUAAAUUAUAAUCACCUAAUAUAUCAUUAUUCUAAACCUUAUACGCUGUAUUGCAUUGUCUUAUUAUACUUAUUUAAUUAGGAAAAUAUUAAAUGGUGUGUUUGAAAGACUGCUUGUAUUGCAUGAAUAUAAUUUUGCGAUGUGACUUUGACAAUAUGUUUUGUUUCUUUUUUUAUACAUAUAUAAUUUUUUUUUAGAUAUAACUUUUUUGGCCGUAGACAAUAAUAUGAACGUGUAAGUUGUGUAAUUUUUUUGAUGAAAUAUAAGUUUACAAUAAUUAGUUUAAGAAGUAUUUUUUAUUGAACCAGAAAUAUGCCUUCACGUUAUAUUUUUGACUAAGUACCUACUUAGUAAUUUAUUUGAAAUAUAACUUAAUAUAUUUGAUUUUAGUAUUAAAUAAAUAUAUAUAUUUCAAUGACGUUUCCUUUUGAAAGGAAUGCCGAAUUGAUGUCAAAACCCAAUAAUGAUAAGACAAUAAUUUUAUUAUCACACGUUAAUUGCGCACUUGUAAACUAAAAACAUUUAUAUUUACAUUGUAAAUUUACCACAAGUUCAGGAAAAAGGACCAAAGUUGUAGAAUUUUAUUUGAUGAUAUUUCAAUAAUUCAGAGCUUAUCUUAUUGCGUGUAAAUAUUUCAUUGUAAUUUCAUUAAAUGUACAAAUAAUAGUACAGUCUACAUUUAUUGACUUUUCAGAAUAUUGACAAUGUUUUUUGAAAUUUAAUGUUCAGUCAUUUAUUUUAAUAGGUAGUUACAUACUAAAGAAAUUAAAAUAUUUAUUUAUUAUAAAUAUAUUAAUAAUAAUUUAAGUUAAGUUCAAUAUAGAAAGAAUCAACAUUUUACAUUAUUUUAUCUGUUUAUUAUUAUAAAGGUGUUCUAGUGAGUAUAACAUUUUUUCUAGUUUUUAAUUAAAUACAUUUUUAAAAUGUCAUCAAAUAUGAAUGAUUAUAAUAGGUUUAGUUAGCACAUUAUUCUCAUCAAAAGCUUAGAUAAUCAAUAAUACUCAAUGUUUGGUAGAAACGUAGUAAGUAUGUUAUAUUACAAAAGUAUAUCCAACAGUUAGAUUUAUAAGCGUCAAGAUUAUUUGCAAUUUUUUGGAUUAUUACAAAUUAGUAAUUAAAUAUUUUUCUUUUUUAUUAACAUUGUUGUAUUAAAGAACAAAAUGAUUUGGUUUGAUACAUUAUUAUUUUAGUUAUUGUGUUCUGUUAUUGUCGUUAACAAAUAUUAUUUUUUUUUUUAAUUAAACAUUUUCUUUGUAUAGG